ACUUCCAUGUACGUGGAUUGAAUACCUUUGCCUGCAGAGAGGAAGACUCAGACAUGAUAACCAAAACUCUUUUGUCUAAAACUCACGAAGAGUGUUUCUGAAUGAAUGAAGUAGAACUUCUAAUAGCAAAUUGUGAUUUAUUAAUUUUUUUUACAAUUCUUUUGCUCCUAGGAGAAAAUAAGCUUAUAGGUGAUCUUCUAGUACUAGGUGGGGCCACUCUCUAUGGCAUCUCCAAUGUCUGCGAGGAGUACAUCGUACGAAAUCUGAGUAGGGUGGAGUUCCUAGGGAUGAUUGGACUCUUUGGUUCCUUCUUCAGUGGAAUUCAGCUUGCCAUAAUGGAACACAAAGAAUUGUUAAAAGUUCCCUGGGACUGGCAAAUAGGAUUACUGUAUGUUGGCUUUAGUGCCUGCAUGUUCGGCCUCUAUAGCUUCAUGCCUGUGGUCAUUAAGAAAACGAGUGCUACAGCGGUCAACCUCUCCCUUCUUACAGCAGAUUUAUACAGCCUUUUCUGUGGAUUCUUUCUCUUCUACUACAAGUUUUCAGGACUUUAUCUGCUGUCAUUCUUCACAAUCCUUAUUGGCCUUUUGCUGUACUUCUCUACAUCCACAUACAUUGCCCAAGAUCCACGGGUGUACAAGCAGUUCCGAAAUCCUUCAGGACCUGUUGUAGACUUGCCAGCCACUGGGCAGCUAGAACCUUCAGUAACAUACACCAGCCUCGGCCAAGAAACGGAAGAAGAAUCUCAAGUCCGUGUUGCCUAAACUCAGGCCCUGCCACCCUUGGUGGAGUUUGUAUCACCAUUAUCUCUGUAUCAUUCAUAGAGAAAGGUAUUUUCCAGAUGCAGUGAUUCCAGUCAGCUGCAAGGUAGCAAAUAGGGGAGGUUUAUUAAAAAUAACCAUCACUAUUAAAAUCUUUCCAAGAAUACUUGACUAGGAGUAUAAUUCACAGUCCUUUACUUG